ACUUUACUCUUCGCUGGAGGAGACUUUAACAGAAAAAGACCCAACAAUUUCACACAUGGAGGAGUAAAAUGUGUGAAUAUGGAGAAAACAAGGUAAAACCAACAAAAUGGACACGGACUGGAUCAGGUUUAAAAUGUUAACGAGGUGGUUAACUUUCAUGGCUUUUCUGGCCGGAUCAGCAAAUUCGAGAAGCGCAGAUUCUGACUGGAGGGCUGUGACUGUGGUGUCCAUCUGUAGGGUCAAAGGUCAACCAGAGGUGGAGCUGAUUUUAAACUGCGGGGAUGGAAAACAUGAAGGUUGGGUCCAGUUCUGGCACACUCCCUUUGGAGACCUCCAACCUUCUUCUGGACACACCAGCUCUGUGUUUGUGCACCACAAUGGAAGUCUGGUGAUCCCCAGGCCAGGCCGCCUCCACAGCGGGAUGUACUACUGCGUCCUGCAGCACUCAGAGCGAUCCACGCUGUGGCCGUACGAGCUCCACGUCGGUUACAUUGACCAGAACACAGAUGACAAAAAUGAGCAGGACAACAGCUGUGCAGCUCACAGAACCAAGACGAGCGUCAGGAAUGAGGGGGUGAAGGAUGGGGUCUCAGACGGGAUGUUUGUAGGAGCUGUGGUGGCAUCGGUGCUGGUGACGUUUGUGGUGGGAUUCAGUGCUGGAGCUCUGACAAGAUCCUAUGUUCUCAGGUGUUGGCACGCUGUCAUCAUGAGGCUGAGGUCACCGAAGCAACGCCGCCGCCAGGCUGACAUGCCGGACCACAGUUCGCAGGUCAUCAUAACCUUGCCUCCCAUGCACGAGAGCCACACGUUUGAGACAGAAACGACGUGCGACGAAUCUUCAAUUUGCGGGAAUGUGGGGAGCAGGGUGUCUGUGACGACCCCGUCGCCACCCGCCAAACCCAAAAGAAGCUUCCGGAACAGAGAGGAGAAAAUGAGAGACGCUGCAUAUUUGGAGGGAUGUGACUACACAGAGGAGAGGAUGGAGGAGGCGGGAGGAAGCGUGGGAGCAAUUAAAGAAGGGAGUGAUGAGGAGGAAACCCCUCAAAGCUUUUUCUGCCUUGAAGAUGAAGAGCUUCAAAGUGAAACGGAUGAAGAUAAAAUUAUAGAUGAAAGAAAGGAGAAAGAGGAGACAGGAGGAGGCAUGGGAGCAUGUAAAUGGAGUGAUGAAGAGGAAACCACUCAAAGAUUUUUCUACUUAGAUGAUGAAGAGCUUCAAAGUGAAACAGAUGAAGAUAAAAUUACAGAUGGAGAGAAAGAGGCGGCGACAGAUGAGCAGGAGAAAAGAAGUGAAGAGGAGGUGGGGGGAGAGAAGGAAGAGGAGAAAACAGAGGAGGUUAAAGAGACAGAACGUUGUGAGGAGUUGGACCAAUCAUCUGCAGGAGCUGAGAGAGGAGGUGAAAACAAAGAGACGACGAUGGAAGACGAGGCGGCGACCUCGUCCUCCGCUCCUCGCCGUCGUGUCAUCCGUGUGUACCAGUACGACGAGGAGGGUCAGAAAUACUGCCACCUCCCAGACCCGGGCCCUGAAGGUCCAGAACCCGUACCUAAACUCAGGCAGCGCUCCCUGUCUCUGACACGCCUCAACGCCAUCAUGGCAGCUGCCGCUGCUGGGCCGAUGGAGGCGAGAGAGAGUGAGGAGGCGCCUCACUUCCACAUGGAGAUUUAACUGUUUCUUGUGAAAAACAUGAAAGAGUUCAACAAAACCUUUUAUCCAGAACCAGAAUGUUUGGAAACUGAGCAGCAAAUCCACAAAAAUCACAUUUUUUUAACGACUACAGGAAGUCUCUAAAUUCAAAACACUCACUUAAAGCACUAAACAAGUUUUUUCUCCCAUUAUUUUUAAAAGCUAAUUAAUUUAUUUUGAUCAUCCAAGACAGAUGGAAGAAUUAGAGAAUAAAUUAAUAAAUAGAUCAGUUUUGUUUCUUCUACAUUCACUAAAUGAAAUAACUGAUCAAGAUUUGUUGCCUAUUUUCUGCAGAACUGAAAAAUCAUUCUGGAUUAUCAAAAACAAAUGUUUGAUUGUUGCUACUUUAAAAGAAAAGGCAUCAACUUAAACCAACAUCACCUCCUUUCAUGACAGUUUUACAUCAAAUUUAUAACAAGUCAUAUUCAAAUCAUAAAAAAAUUAUUUUAUGUGAUUUCCUAAAUGACUUCCAGCUACAUCUGUAAAUUCGACUGAAUUGACUUCAAAGGUUUCAAUUUUAUUUACUGUAAGUUUCACUGAAUUCUCCAGCGGUUCAUGAGAUAUUUUGUUAAAUAUUUUCCAAACUUUCAAAAAAAUAAAAUAAAGGGGAAGUAAAGGAUGAACAGAUCCAACACCUCAGAACAUGUUGGUGAUGACUCUCAGCUACUACCACACCAGUAACGUUUGUAAAACUAUUCACUUCUGGUGUUUGUUUGGCCAGUAUUUGCUGCAGCGGCCAUCUUGAACAGGGCUCCAAAGGUUAAUUAGUUGACGUUCAGCCUUUUUUCAAGUUUCGUUAAAAUUCACCUAGUGGUUGAAACGAUAUUUUGCUAACAAACAUGAUGUUGAACAGGGUUCUAUCUAAUGAGAAAUGUUUCCUUUGAGAAAAGAAAAAAAAUCAGGAAACCAACUGAUGACACUCCUUGCAGCUCCACAGAUGACGUGAGAUCUGAUAAAUCUGUUGAGCCCAACUUCAGUCUGGAUACUUUCUCUGCAUUGAAAUUUAAAUGUAAAAUUAAUAUUUGAAAAAGCUUUUAAUUAAUUAUUUAUCUGGCACAGAUUUAAUUAUUUUAUUCUGCUCAGAGUUACACUUGUUAAAAAAAAAGUUUUGUUUAAAUAGUUAAACUGAGACAUCAGACGUGAGGAGUUACUCAUGACGAUUAAAUGCAUCAAUUAGUGAAGUGCACUCGUGCCUAAUAAGUGCUUGGUGACAACCCUCCACGUUGCACCGAUUAUUCUGAAGUCGCUUCUUGUUCUUCCACCUCCUCAAUAAACCUGAAAAUAUCUAAACAACACAAAACAGGAAAAAGUAUCAGGAAACAACCUCCACAGAUCCUUUAGUCCAUUUAGUUUCCUUUAAGAACUUUUUACUGAAUCUUUCUUCCAAUCUAACGCUAUAAAAAAAGAAAAAA